UAAUUUCCAGUAAACUGUUGUCACUUGAAAAUAAACAGUCUGGACAAUGUAUGGUCCAUUUGGAAUACUGAGAAAAUAAACAACCUAGGAUAUGCUUCCUACUUGUCUAUGUAGCCCUUUUUGGAAUGUGUGCUCCAGAUACUUUACUUUUUUUCUUUGAAGCAGAAGUUUUAUUUAAAAUAAAGCUACUUAUUUGGUACUCCUGGGCAAUCCUCUUUUGAAGAACCACAGCAAUGAGUGGCUUUGGAGCCCUACUUCGAAGAAACCAGUUCAUCCUUCUGGUGCUCUUUCUUUUGCAAAUUCAGAGUCUAGGUCUGGAUAUGGAUAGUCGUCCUACCACUGAAGUCUGUGCCACACACACAAUUGCACCAGGACCCAAAGGAGAUGAUGGUGAAAAAGGAGAUCCAGGAGAGGAGGGGAAACAUGGAAAAGUGGGACGCAUGGGGCCGAAAGGAAUUAAGGGGGAGCUGGGUGAUGCAGGAGACCAGGGCAACAUUGGCAAGACUGGGCCCAUUGGCAAUAAGGGAGACAAAGGGGAAAAAGGUUUGCCUGGAAUACCAGGAGGAAAAGGCAAAGCAGGUACUGUCUGUGAUUGUGGAAGGUAUCGGAAAGUAGUUGGACAACUGGAUAUUAGUGUUGCUCGCCUCAAGACAUCUAUGAAGUUUGUCAAGAAUGUCAUAGCAGGGAUUAGGGAAACUGAGGAGAAAUUCUACUACAUCGUGCAAGAAGAGAAGAACUACAGGGAGUCCCUGACACACUGCCGGAUCCGGGGUGGGAUGCUGGCCAUGCCAAAGGAUGAAGCUGCCAACACACUCAUCGCUGACUAUGUCGCUAAGAGUGGCUUCUUCCGGGUGUUCAUUGGGGUGAAUGACCUGGAGAAGGAGGGACAGUAUGUGUUCACGGACAACACUCCACUGCAGAACUACAGCAACUGGAAGGAGGGAGAGCCCAGUGAUCCCUAUGGUCAUGAGGACUGUGUGGAAAUGCUGAGCUCAGGUAGAUGGAAUGACACGGAGUGCCAUCUUACCAUGUACUUUGUCUGUGAGUUUGUCAAGAAGAAAAAGUAACUCUGCUCCUGCCACCCAUUUGUUAUUUCUCUGUGUCUACCAUUGCAGUUAUUUUUAUACAUCUUUUUCUUUCUAAUUACACCAAAUUCAUUCUGAUUCAAGACAAGUAGAAAAUGCUAAACUGAGGUUUGGAAUCCCCAUUGCCAUGUUCUUCUUUGAACAUUUUCAUUUUGAACAUUUUCAUACAUGGCAUAUUGUUGAGCCAAUAGCUCACCAAGUUACAUGGAUCCUGAGAGAGAGUUUGAAUUACUAAUUGUGUGGAAUGUGGUUGUCUAUGUGUCAAAUGAAAUGUUCUCUUGGUAUUUGCUCUACUGCCUCUCCCUAGACCCCUAAACCACUGUCUAGUUAGCCCAGUGGAUAAUUGGACAGUUGGUUGGUGAAGAUUAGGCUAACUUGCCUUUGUUCAAGCCAGACAUAUGGGAAGGCCUUCUGUUAGGAAUGUAGAGAUGUUAUCUAACAUCUUUGAAGCCAAGAUCCUCUAUUCUUUGACUAUUCAGUUACAUUUCUAUAGCCAACUCAAAAGGGCCUCUUGUUUGCCAAGACAUAAAAAUACUUCAAUCCCAAACUUCUCUAUAUGAGAACCUUUUAGCCUGUGAGCUGUUCCGGACUGUAUAGAAUCACACAGAGAAUUUCCAUGUUUCUGAUUGACAGCCUUCUCUGAGGUCUACCAAGUAGUUACCUUGGUCUCUUUCUAUAGGACCACAGCUUAAUUCCUGAGCUCCAAGUUGUAAUUUUGAUUUGAGGAAAGGUGAACUUCAGACACUGAAGAGAGAGAGAGAGAGAGAGAGGAUUUUUUCCAAAAAUAUAAUCCUCCUAUUAAAUUGCCCCUUGCUACUAAUAUGACUACAUUUUUCCUUAUCUUAUAUAUAGCCAUAUCACCUUUUCUCCCCUUAGGCAUGGAAAUGAAGGAAGAAGUUUGUGAAGCCUUCAGAAAACUCUAGAAGCCUCAGGUGCUACCAAUGUUAAGUUGAUAAGUCUUCUCUUCUUUGCCUCUAAUAUAUCACUUAUGGUGACAUUUCAUGAGAGGCCUUUUACUUUCCAUAACUAAAUGCUGUAAAAACCUCGCCAGAGAUGCCCUUUGCAGUAUUCUGAAAUCAUAGGAAUGUGGCAGGUGGGGAGUUUGGAACAUGCCUAGGACUCACAUUUAUUGAGCUGGAAAAACUCUACUUUGAACUGCCAAUCAAAACUCAAAGCAGCUUUCCUUUCAAAUUUGAAAAUAAUAUAGCUCAACAAAACUCUAGAUUUUCCCCCUUAUAAACUGUUUCUCCAGUUAUAGUUUGUGACAUAUGAUUAGACUGUUUAAAAUGCUGGCAAAAUGGUUAAUGAAAUAAGAGAAACAGAUCAACAACAUAUGUUCACCUUAAACCAUCUGUCCAUGAUUUCACCCAUGACUAACUGGUUAUGAGAUAAGAUUUAAUUAGGUUAUUUCUGUCGGUUUAUCGAGAGUCACAAACUCAGGUCCUAUAGGGGCCAUACAAAAUGACAUAAAUAAAUCAAGUGAAAUGGGUGGGGAUCCUAGUACUGAACAUAGUUUAUUCUUCUAAAGAAACCAGCUCCGCUGCUCCCCUGCCUCUGUCACCACCAUGCUUGCUAUGGAGGAUGCAAUAUCACCAUAUGUUCUGAUAUUUCAAGAUAGUCAGACGGAACUUUAUGAUAUAUAUUCAUUUAAAAAUAUUGGCAACUAGUCAAUUUUUAGACCAAGUUUUAAGUCACACAAAACAGUCUGCUAGCCAAAAAAGGUGAACUUCUCAUUUCUCACCUCUGGGGAAAAGUUCUGAAGGUUCUAUCCAUGAAGAAGGUCAUUAGGAUACACUGACAUCAAAGUCAAGGUCUUCCAUUUACACUUCAAUCAAUUCAGCUCAAUUACAGGAAUUUGUUCAAUGUUUGCCAUUCAUCAGGUUAAUAAACUACGUAUUUAGGCUUUUGAAAAUGUGGCAUAUGAUAUUUUGAAGGCAAGGCAGUUUAAUAAAAACUACAAAGCAAGACACUAUAUCAAAGCCAAUAAUCUUGAAUGGAAUGCCAGCCAGUCAAGGGCAUGACAAACAAGAACUGAGGAAUGGCUGGAGGAAAAGAAAGAGAUAAGAGGAAAGCAGAGGGAAUACACAGCAAGCAUUGCUUAGAGGCAAGUGGCAGUGGGAUCCAUAUUCUGAUCUAUCCUAGGUGGCCAAAGUAUUCAUAUUUAUUGUGUGUACUCUAAGUACUAUUAUUAUUAUCCUCAUUUUAUUAAAACAUUUUUUUCAAUGACUCAUCUUCGCUGCCAAUGCUUCCAAGAGAUGACAGAGUGUCUAAGGCAUCACGCACUUAAUUAGAUUUAAUAUAAAACUUA